GAGCGACGGUUCUCGUGCACGUUGGUGUUUAUAUGAGUUAGCUGCAGUCGGCUCUUCAUCGGCUCUUCUUCAUCAUCAUCACCCGCACAGCUGGACUCUGAGCACAGAUGUCUGUCACCGAGAUGUUCAGUUACAUUCAGGGCUUCCUGAGCGCCGACCAGGACGUCAGAGAGGAUAUCCGUAAGGUGGUGCAGAUACUGGAGCAGAAUGCCAGAGAAAUACUGACAGUGCUCCAAAGUGUUCACCAGCCAUCCGGAUUCAAAGAAAUUCCCAGUAAAUGUCUAAAGGCGCGGGAGUUGUUCUGCACAGUCAGGACACAACUUGCAGACCUCAAAACCAAAUUCCCUGUGGAGCAGUAUUACCGGUUCCAUGAACACUGGAGGUUUGUCCUGCAGCGCUUGGCUUUCUUAUCAGCCUUUGUUGUCUACCUGGAGAGUGAAACUCUUGUGACUCGAGAGGAAGUUGCCCAGAUACUCGGCAUCGAGGUGGUGCGAGAGAAAGGCUUUCACUUGGAUGUAGAGGACUACCUGGCAGGUGUGCUGAUCAUGGCUAGUGAACUGUCGCGGUUGGCGGUGAACAGCGUCACAGCAGGAGACUACAGCCGGCCGCUCCGCAUCUCCAACUUCAUCAACGAGCUGGACUCAGGCUUCCGCCUGCUCAACCUGAAGAACGACCCGCUGCGGAAACGCUACGACGGCCUCAAGUAUGACGUGAAGAAGAUCGAGGAGGUGGUUUACGACCUGUCCAUCCGCGGGCUGGCCAAGGAGCCCGAGGCUGGCGUGGACAAGUAGAGCUCGGAGAGACAGAGGAGGGCUGGCACCUCUCCACGGCUGCUGCACCUUACCCCACCUGGAAGGCAAGACCCAGGGAUCUACCUGAGGCCCCAGCAGCAGAUGGCAGACUGUGUGUGUGUGUGUGCAUUUGAGUGUGUGUUUGUGCGGAUGCAUGCAUGAGAAGUGUUUGAGAUGGAUGGCAUUCUGUCGGUGACCGUGAUGGAGUUGUUACCCUCGUUCAGAGAUCAAAGGUUCAGUUUGUUGCUGGUUUUUGUAAAUGUGUGUUCUCAGCUUCGUCUGAUUCAUGUGUUACUGUUUCACUGAAUUGGUUUUGCAACUGUUCCAUCUAAUUUGCAAAAAAGUCAACUUCUUAUUAAAUUACAGUACAUUGAUGUUCAAUUCAUUGUAAGGCUGUGUAUUGGCGAGAAUCUGGUGAUAUGAUGCGUAUCACAAUACAGGGGUUACAAUUUAAUAUGUUGCAAUGUAUCAUGAUAUAUUGUGUUUUUUUUGUUUUUUAAAGCUAAUGUAAGGAAGACAAAAAACUCCCCACCAUAUGCAUACAAGCAUAAAAACAUUUAACACUAUAGCCCUGUUUACAACACUGCUGUCCAUAACGUGUUUUUGAGAAUUGAUACAAUCUAACUAAAUAUUGCAGUGUGUAAGUGUAUUGAUUAUUUUUUUUCCUUUCUUCUUUGUUGCACCCUUAAUUCCUUCAAGAAGACAGCCCAGACAGCGUUCCAGUCAUGCAGAGCUUAUUUUUUGUCGAUGUUUGUGUUUUAUUUGCAAAAUCCAAAAAAAAGAACACGAAAUGUGUUUGUGUUGUUCAACGAGUUUUUGUCUGGUGGUAUUUCGUAGGACUCUGAAUUAAUAAUGUUAAAAAAUGGAGGCAUCCAAACAGACGUCCAGGAGCCUCAUUUAUGGAGGAAAUAUUUGAUGCCAUAUCAGACGAUUAAAUCUUGAAUCAACAACUCAGACUUUUACAGUAUUCUUACCAGAUUUUGAUCUUUUCUGACUUUAAUAAGGAAUACGUUUUGAUGAUUCUUAUAAAUGAGGCUCCAGUAGAAGUAGAGCCAAAGAAAUGACAAAGUUGCACUUCACAUGAUAUAAAGCUACUUUUUGUUGUUUUUUUUAGUUUCUAACAGCAAGGAACCCUUGCAGAACAGUGCCAAUGAAUGUCUGUUGAGCCAUUUGGGUGUUUUGGUUGUCAGGUGAUAAAGCUUUCUCUGGAAAUCCAGGAGCGAAUACUAACUAGUCAUAAUGUCAUGUACUGCAUGUGAUAUGUUUACUGUUUUUUUUUUUCACUUUAGGAAAUGUCUUGAAGGUUUGUUUCUGUAAUCCACGCUUCUGUUUGCUUCUAUACUGUAGUGGAGCUGGAUUGUAUUUUCUAGAAAUAAUUCACUGUCACUCUC